UGCCGCAGCGACGGGACGAGAGGGAUGCUGAGCCUGAAGGUACUAUAAAACUGGAUCGGAUAUUUCACAGAACAUCCCAUCCCACCCUGGAGUUUUUCUUCUCUUUCCUCUUCUUUUGUCUCUUUUCAUUCUCACACCUGGAUUUUAAGACUUGGCCACAUUUAUGGGUUGCUGAGAGGAUACGGGAUAGGUGACUCACGAUGGCCGUGGCUUUGGACGCAGUGUGGGUGAGGGUGAAGAAUGUCUGCAAGCAGAAUGGGCUCCUCAUCAUGUCGGUGCUGGCUGUGGUCAUCGGGUGUCUUUUGGGAUUCUUCCUGCGGACACGGCGCCUCACAGAGCAGGAGGUAAAGUACUUUCAGUUUCCUGGAGAGCUGCUGAUGAGGAUGCUGAAGAUGUUGAUUCUCCCACUCGUCGUGUCCAGUUUGAUGUCAGGACUGGCUGCCCUCGAUGCCAAGUGUUCCAGUCGGCUCGGUCUGAUCACAGUGUCUUAUUACCUGUGGACCACCUUUGUGGCCGUGAUAGUGGGGAUCAUCAUGGUCUCCAUCAUCCACCCUGGUGGUGCAGCCCAGAAGGAGGACUCAGAGGAUAGUGGCAAGGCAAUCAUGAGUUCUGCUGAUGCUCUGCUAGACCUUAUCCGCAACAUGUUCCCAUCUAAUUUGGUCCAGGCCACCUUUCAGCAGUAUCGAACAAGUAGCGAGUACAUUGUGAAACCCAAGCCCACAGUGAGUCUGACCCAAUCAGAGUCAACCACACGGCGAGCACUCAUCUAUGGUAUCCAAGAUGAUAAUGGAACUGACAUCCAGAACUUCGCCCUUGACCUGACUCCACCCCCUGACGUGCUCAUACGCACUCGGGAAGGAACCAGCGAUGGCAUGAAUGUCCUUGGAAUUGUUAUUUUUUCAGCCACCAUGGGUAUUAUGUUGGGAAGGAUGGGACCAAAUGGCAGCGCCUUGGUGAACUUUUGUCAGAGUCUGAAUGAGGCUGUCCUCAGAAUUGUUGCCAUCGUCAUAUGGUACUUCCCAUUUGGCAUCGUGUUCCUGGUGGCCGGUAAGAUCCUGGAGAUGAGUGAUCCGUCAGACAUGGGGAAGAAGCUGGGUUUCUAUGCCAUCACUGUGGUGUUCGGUCUGGUGUUGCAUGGCUUGUUCAUCCUGCCUUCCAUGUACUUCUUCAUUACCAAAAAGAGCCCCAUCGUUUACAUUCGGGGAAUCCUGCAAGCUCUGCUCAUCGCCCUUGCAACCUCCUCCAGCUCUGCCACAUUGCCUAUUACCUUCAAGUGCCUCUUGGAGAACAACCACAUCGACCGUCGUAUCAUCCGAUUUGUGCUACCCGUGGGCGCCACUAUCAAUAUGGAUGGCACUGCUCUCUACGAGGCUGUGGCAGCGAUAUUCAUCGCACAAGUUAAUAAUUAUGAGCUGGACUUUGGCCAGAUCAUCACCAUCAGCAUCACAGCCACUGCAGCCAGCAUUGGUGCUGCAGGGAUACCUCAAGCCGGACUGGUCACCAUGGUGAUAGUGCUAACAUCCGUUGGGUUGCCAACCGAUGACAUCACUCUUAUUAUUGCAGUAGACUGGGCACUAGACAGAUUCCGCACCAUGGUGAAUGUAAUGGGCGAUGCUUUGGCUACAGGCAUCAUGGCACACAUCUGCAGGAAAGACUUCUUGCAAGAGGGAGAUGGGGUGCCACUGAUCUGCGAGACCAAACCCACCCUGAGCACCCCACCUUUGAUGAACUGUCACAACAACAAUGGCAACUACCGGCCCCCUUCCUCAGGGAUCAAACAUGAGCUCCUCCCUCCUGACGUGGCCCGGCUCAUGCAGCUUGAAGAGGGCGUGCGGCCGCUGACAGAGAGGAAGAAGCCACCGAUUCCUCCAAGGCACCUGAAGAAGGGCAAAGAACAGUGCACCAUUGACAUGAAUGGCCUUGAGACCAACGUAUAGCCUCCCACUGGAGGUUUAUGUGUUGACUGUGUAGUUGUGCUGAUCAGAGCCUCGGAGCAAAGAACACCAGUACAGGUGGGAGGACAGGACGACUGAGCUCAUCUUCACAGCAUGUGUUUGAUUAAAAUGAACAGAUAAUUCUAUAAAUAUUAAAUGUCCUUCGUCUGGACCUUCAGGUUGAACUACUAAACUCCCAGACUCUGAAAGCACACGUGAGUACUUACAUUGAUGAACUGAUUUCUAUUUGAUAUCUACAUUUUAUAUGAUUUGCUGGUUUCUUUUUUGUUUUCUGUGCAACAUGUUAAUAAGACAAGUGUUUACUUUGUUUUAUACUACUGCAAACAGCCAGUUAUUUGAGUCAUAUAAGAGACGAGUCAGGACUGCAAGAGUCUGGUGUGAGCUGAAUGGCAAGGAGGCAAAGUGAAAUGUCCUAAUUGUUUAAUUUUGCCUUAACAACGCUGGUGGUGCUACAGGCUGACUGAGGAACAGGAGGAGCGAUUUCACCAAACUUCCACUGUGGUCAUGAUUUAGCGUACAAACAUGCAGUAGGAUAGAGAUUUUAAAGGUUUCAUGGCUUCAUUGAGUUAAACUUCCCUGGCACUUGAACAGCCUCAAAACAUCUACUGGUAAUGUAACGUAAACCAAGUGGCUCUUGUAUGUAGGUUGAGUGAGUUUAUUUGCUUCUGUUUGCAAUGGCCUGUAUCAUUUGAUACCAACAGCACAUGAACUUCUGAUGCACUGGUUGAUAUAACCUGUCGACAUGAUCCACUGCCUGAAGUCAUUCAUGUGAAUGUUAGGCUUGGAUGUUUUCAGGUCUGUGAUUAUACACUCUGUGUCUGUGGAAACACGUACUGGUCUCUGUAUUCCUCCAUAAAGUACUGACACCCUCACAGAAAUACAUGGGGGACAAAUUAUAUUCCUUUGUUCAUUACUUUGUUGUAUAGUGAGCACAGUGAUCAGAACAUUUUACUGUUAUAUAUCAUACAUCAUUGUUGAGCAUCAUCAUCUGUUUUUUUUAUUAUCUACAUAAAACAAGCAAAGCUUUGCAGCCUAGUUUUGUCACAAGAAAUGAGUGAACAUGUUACGGUUAUUCUAUUGUGGGAAUUUGUGGACCAAGUGAAUUUAGUGCGCUCUAGAUGCAGAGUGACUUCGGCUUACAGUCUUCAGGCGAUGCAAAAGUACAUUGCAAAGUUCAGCCAGAGGUAAUAUGAGGCUGCAGCAGUCGGAGUUUGACAGAUCUUGUAGUUAAACACUGUCAGGACUGAAUUACUUUUCAAGGUGCACCACCCACAACAUGAGGUUUUUAACCUGCUUCAUUCAUACAAGUACCUCUUUUUCUCGUAGCUAUAUGCCUUCACUGUGUACAUGUGAGGAACCACAGAGUUCAGAUUUUCGCAGGAACUCUCUGUCUCACUUUCUUACAGAUCAAACAUUCCUACACCAAAUUGCACACUCUAAAUUUGGAAAAAUACCUUGUUACCUCAGGCUGAACUUUAAAACUUUCCGAUUUGAAACUGUGUCAUUUACACCAUGUGUUUUAGCAAAACGUUUCCGCUGUUAUCCUCCUGAUCUGGAGCCAUGUCCGAGCACACUCAACACAAAGUGUGAGUGGGGAUCAGUAACUGUAAACAAAGAUGAUGACAAUGUCAAAAACAUCCUGGAUGCAGAUGGUGUUAUCUUAUGCUGCUGACGUCAUUUGGAGCCAGAGUCUGUGCAGCAGUGAUGAAGGGGCGGAGUCUUGGUAUCAAGGUCCUACAAGUCCACUCACCCCACCAAUCACAGUCACUUUCAGCUGUCAAUCAUGAGAUCUCAAACAACAACUUAAAAACACACUUACCAGAAAAAUGAAGACUCAAACAUACACCAGCAUUAUAGAACUACCUCAACAGAAAACAUCAUGAGGUGAAGGAAAGAUGUGAAGUAGACUUGGUGCCAAAAAAAUCUGACUGCGCUGACAAUACUAGCCAAUAAUUGUACGAUGGUGAAUGGUGGAAAAAAAAAAGACAUGUAAUGUAAUGGAUGUUAUUAAUGUGUGGCAAUGAUAAAUGUGGUUGUCACAAGGAA